UAAACGGCAACAGUAGUUCUCAAUAGUUCUUUUUACUAUUUGAGUAAAGCAACAUUUUUGGCAUGUAUAAUUUGUUGCAUAGACUGUCUGCUCUCAUGUCACUUUAAUAGCUGAUCAUGAAAAAAGUUUCACACUAUCAUCCGUGUUUUUGGUAUUAUAAAUUCGAAAGCAUUUUUUUUCGCGCAAUUCUUAAGUGUCUUUUGUGCUAAAGUAACGACAGCCGCUCUUUUUGUUAGAGCCCUAAAUAUAAAAAAUUUUAUUGAUAAAAAAAUUUUAAUCUAUAAAAAUGAUUUAUUUAAAUAACUGCAACUUCGAAACGGCAACUUCGAAAAACUUUGUAGCGCCGACGGAAGUUAGGUUUACUUGCCACGGGUUUUCAGUCCUGGAAAUAUUAACGGGAAUACCCACGUGCUAAGUUAUUCAAUGUAGGUGCAUAAACAAACCUUAGCUUUGUGGGAGCCUACUACUCGUUUGAAGACGUUUUGAAGAAAUUAACUCGUUUUAGCUUAGGAUAGAAACAGCAUGGCUAAUCUUCGGCGUAUACUUGGUACGAUGCCUUUUGGUGGAACUUUGAAUGAAAUGGAGGCGCAUCAUAUGAUCAAGCAAUGGGUGAAGCAUGGGUUCAGUGAAAUAGAUACUGCUAUUGCUUACCAACUUGGUGAAACUGAGAAAGUUAUAGGAACUCUUCCAUUGGCAAGAGAUGCAGAAAAGGUGAAAAUUGCAUGCAAAGCAAAUCCAACUGAAGGAUUUAAAGCAGCAGAAGUUGUGGAUCAGUUAAACAGGUCGCUUAAUUCUUUGCAGACAUCAUCAGUUGAUAUAUUUUAUCUUCAUCUUCCUGAUCAUAAAACACCUGUUGAAGAAACUUUAAAAGGCGUUCAGAAAUUAUAUGAAGAGGGAAAAUUCAAGGAAUUUGGCUUGUCUAACUAUGCAUCAUGGGAAGUUAUUGAUAUUUAUCACAUUUGUAAACAAAAUGGAUUUGUCGUUCCAACUGUCUAUCAAGGAAUGUACAAUGCGUUGACCAGAGAUAUCGAGUUGGAACUGAUCCCUGCUUUGCGUAGAUAUGGCAUUCGCUUUUAUGUGUACAACCCAUUGGCAGGUGGCUUAUUAGCUGGUAAAUACGAUUUCAAUAUGAAAGACGAAGAUCAACCAAAAGGACGAUUUUUUCCUUCAGGAAUUGACAAAUAUACAGACAAGUGGACUAAAACGUAUCAAGACCGAUUUUGGCAUUCCUCAUAUAUCGAAGGUGUUAAGAGUGUCCAGAAAGUAAUAGCAGACACAUACGGCAGUGAUGUAACUUUGCUUGAAGCAUCCAUGCGUUGGUUACAUCAUCAUUCUAAAUUGAGCGACAAUGAUGGGAUUAUACUUGGAUGUUCCAAACCUGAACAUUUUCAAAUGAACAUUGAUGCUUGUAAUGGUGAUGCGUUGCAUCAAAAUGUUGUUGACGCUUUUGAUCAUGCUUGGGAUGGAAUUAAAUCUAAGUGUCCGAAGUAUAAUCGAUGAGCUUCGUGCGAAACCUUAAAAACUACGAGAUAAGGAUUCUUUCAGUAGUUCGAGUAGAUAUACUUUGGAUAAUAUUCUUAACUUGUCAGGAUUUUCUUCCUCACAAUUCUAUUUUAUAGUUUAGUAUAAUUUUUUUUCUCUUGUUUUUUCACACUAAACAUUUGCAGCAUGCUUAUAAGUGAGUUGUAUAAAGUCCUUCAUUGAAGUCACGUGAGAAGUCAGUUGUAUAAAGUCCUUAACUGAAGUGACGUGAUAAGUCGGAUGUAUAAAAUGCUUCACUGAAGUCACGUGAUAAGUCGGAUGUAUAACGUCCUUCACUGAAGUCACGUGACAAGUCAGUUGUAUAAAGUGUUUCACUGAAGUUACGUGAUUAGUCGGUUAUAUAAAGUGCUCCACCGAUGUCACGUGAUAAGUCAGUUGUAUAAAGUGCUUCACUGAAGUCACGUAAAGGCAAACCUCAUCGCUUCAAAAUUUAACAUUAAAGACAAUUAAUUCUGAUAUAUAUCACACCAAAAUCUCGGUGUAGGUUACGGGAAAUUUAGGACCAAAUAUCUUAUCCAGCUCGGGGAUGGUGGGAAUGUGCUUCUAAAGCACAAUGCCAAAUGCAUAAUCUAAAUUUCAUGCCGUAUAAAUACAAAGUGGUUAAAAACUUAUUAUUUUUUUCACCUGGAUCUGCAAUACGUUUACUUGCACUAAUUGCUCAGCCUAGUGCCACUCACAAUUAAUUUUUGAAUACCCACAGGAACUUAUUAUGUGAAAUGAAAAAUGCUAAACAACUGUAUUUGCUUUGCAGACGUAUCAAUAGGCUUCAUUGUAAGUCCUGUGAAUGUUGGUUUAUGAAAAAUAUACUGUAUCUUUAAUGCAAUAAGCGCUCCACUGGAUUUGUAACACAUUACACGAAGUGUCCUCCGUGUGACACAGUUUACCCCUUACUGGGUGUUAACCUGGACAGAGACUUUAGGUCUUCCCGCUCCAAGCGAAUAUUACUUCUGGCUAUCACUACUCUCCCAAAUUUUGUUAUUUCAUAAAAGAAACCGUUAGGUUAAAAUUUAUUUAUGGAAAAUAGGUUCCCGUUCGAUAAAAGAAACCUGAACAUUAUUUGUUGCGACAUCAUAUUUAACCAACAUGCAAUGCCUUGUAUAUAGCUAGUUAGGUAACUAGCUAUAUACUCAAGUCUUGACUGUUCACUGUUAUGAGAGGUCCAAAUAGCUAGCUAGCUAUCUUUAUUUAAAGCGACAGAAUGCCUUGAAAAAUCUUUUGUAUAGCUAGCUACAUAAAAAUAAUAUAUUUAGCUCUUGUACUUUAUCACGUCAUUGUUUAACAAGAAAUGUGCCCCUGGAGUGCUAGCAUGGUACUAGCUAGGUAGCUUAAAAUCACAAAAUAAAUAUUAUCCAGAUGCGACCAUCUUUCAUCAUCAGACAUCAGAAAGACGUUUCUGUUCUUUCCUUCUCAUUGUGGGGUACCUCAAAUUCUUCUAUAUCUAAUAAAAAAAAAAUUUACUUAAGACUUUCUUAGUACCAACUGCGUCUCCUUCACAAGUUUCAGCGCUGGCCAAUAUGACGGACAACGUCGAGGAACCCUGGGUAAUUUUGAAAAUAUGUGGUUCUGCCUUAUGAUUUUCAGUUUUUUGCUGCUGAUAUCAGCAUAUUUUAGCCCUCGAGUGUCACACCUCCGCAUAUAUAGGAGUUAAUUAUCUUUAAUAAAAUGAAAUGAAAAUAUAUUACUAAAACGAAAAUUUUUGUAAUAUAUCUGACGAUUCUCUUAAUUGUAGUUCGUAUUAUGUACGUCUGAAAGAACUGUGAAAUAUUUUUUACUUAA